UGUCAAACAAAUGAAAGCCGAAAAGCGCUGUGAUACAUCCGUCUGCAAGCAACUGCGUCAAUCGCGUUGGACGCCUCAUGUCAGCGAGGCGACGCCAUCAGUCAAGACGAGAUUUACUGUGCAUUUGGGAGGCAGAAAUCUCAGUUUUAGGGGAAAUUGAGGCAAGUUAAUUGUACACACCCAAAAAACCGUUGGAAAACGCCGGUCCGGGUGUGAAGAUGAGGUUGUGCUGGAACUGGUUAAUUGGAGAGGUCCAACUUGGAAUACUUUUUCAAGAUCGGUAGAAUAGAAAGGGUACAUUCCAAGCUGUGAUUUCGGACUUUUCCUUGCAACAUCGUAGAAGAAUUUGAAAUACUUCAAUAAUUUAUUUUUUACUUUUUGAUUGUAGAAACAUUUAAAAACUUUUUAAAACUAACAGUCUGGGCCUAAUUGAAUUUUUUUUUCUUGGAAUGAAAGAAGUGGGGGUUUUAUUUUUUUGUACUUGUUAAUUCUUUUCUUUCUAUUCUUUUUUUUUUCUUUAAAUCCUUAAAAUUUUCUCAAGGCACGUCUUCUAUUGUCUUUUAUUAAGAGGGGAAGCCAUGUAGACCUCCAACUGACAUCUUAUCUGCUAAUGCCGACCUUGUGUUCCUGGAACAGGAUCAACGACCUCGCCCUAAUCACUACCACCCUCAACCUUGAACUUACCCUUGCUUCUCUUCCUCCCAGUCCAGAUUUUCCCUUUAAAAUGCUGGUCGUCCACCAGUGUUUCGUCAGUCUACCUUCUUCACUUGGCCGAGUGGGUAGCUAAACAGAGCUCACUCGACCAAUUGCAGAUGUAGACUUGAGCCUUUAGUUCUUUUACAUUUUGCUGUGUAGUUGAUCAAGUGGAGACGUUUACAAAUGACUUCAUCUGUUCAACUACCAGUUAUACUUGUAAAAGAACUACAGCAUUUUCGAAUUAAUAAUUCAGCAGAAGUUUUUGAGUCCGCUUUUAGAAACGGUCUAUUAUCCUUUUUUAUACAGAGGAGAUUUGAUCUUUCAAGUUUAUUGAUUUAUUUUCAUUGGGGUUUCGAAAUAUUGGGUCAAUGCUGAGGAAUUUAAUUUUAGGAACGUAACUAGCGGGAUAUUCUUUUUAAACAAAAAGAGGAACAGUCGAUGGUCACCAGGUUUAUGCAACAGCAACCUGGUGAAACUUUGCUUGAACAUUCAUUGGUUCAGCUGGUUAGUUAAAAAUUGUACCACAGAUCCCAAAGAAAAACCAAACAUCUUUGUCAAAGUUAACGCGUCGUUCACUAAAGAAAAUGGUACAAACUCAAAUUUUCUUUGAAUUAACGAAGUGGACAAGGACGAUUUAAAUGAAUGUCCGUGGGCGUUCAAUUGUUUUGAGUACGUUUCUCAUAUCGAUGGGAAACGUACUCGUGAGUAUUUUCUGACAGGAUCGGAUCAUUAAAAAUUAAUGAGUAUUAAGAGGAAUGCACUACCUCGAUACAGAAACAAGAAACUCACGUUGAUAGUGCCGAUCAGUAUUGAAGCAGUCAAAAAUAUCCAGAAGGAGAUCUCGUCAUGGUUGAGAUUUGAGGGAGGAUAAGGGGAUUGCAAAAUAUCAGUUUAGCAAGCUUUGCUUGAAAGACCAGAGAAAAUGUGAGAAAUGUUAAUACUACAUUUACAGGCAGAAAAAUUACAGUUUCAUAAUUCACUUUUUCGCAAGUGCGGAAAAUAGAAGAAAUUCUCGUCAUGGUCGAGCUUUAGGAUUAGGGGAUUGGGAAUCUAUGGGGAAACAAAGGGAUUAUCCUACUUAUAAUGUUAUUCAAAAACAUGAAUUGUGCAUAAUACAUGCCCAUCGUAGUUCAGAAAAAAUCAGUUUAUCAAGCUUUACUUGAACAUUCAAGUCUCGUUGGUUAAAAAUGGAUUCCAGAUGACAAUCGAUUCGUCAUGAACAAGGUUUAAAUUAAGUAACAAGCACAAACUCAGGUAGUUCCAAUCAACUUGAUUUGAUUGGAACUCAAGGUCUUGUAAUCUAAAUCUAGAUUAAGAAAAAAAUAUGCUUUCGAACUAUUUUUGCAGCGAUGCAAACGGAGUUAAAAUGAGACCAAACCAACAUGUUGAUGGUGUUUGAGUCGAAAAAUUGGAACAUGGCAGUAAAGACUGGACUUCGCCGGUUGAAAGCUCGAGGAUUAAACUUUCGAAAUAGUUCUGCAUUUUUUAAGCUUUCUCCUAAUAGGUACUUGAAAAUCAAUUGAAAGUACAUGGAGAGCCAAAGGGCAAUUUCAGGAAGACAACGCAUGAUGUGCACAAACACAUAUAAUAUUUAUUUCACUUGUUGAAAUCAUUUUUUAAUAUCAGGGGUUAAAAUUAAGUCAAGGGGAAACGGGACCACCCAAAAUUCUUCAUUUUAAGAAACCGAAAGAGUCGAAAAAAAUACGUUGACAGUGCCGAAUAGUAUUGACGCUGUGAAAAAUAUCCAGAAGGAGAUCUCGUCAUGGUUGAGAUCAGGGAAUCACGACCCAUUUUAUGCACUCAACAAUGAAUAAUGAUUCAUUCUUGGGAUUAUGCCCACCAAAAAAUCAGUCUCGUUGUCGUAAUCUAAAUCUAGAUUAAAGAGGGAAAAAAUGCUUCUGAAUUACUCUGGCACAGAUACAGCCAGAGGUAUUCGCUUUGAGCGGGUAAAGAAAAAUUUCAAAGGGGAUUUUAUGCUUCCGAAUAAAUUGGGCACAGAAGCAGGACAGUGGUAAAUACCACAGGGGGUAAACCGGGGUAACAAAGUCUAAAAAUGUGAACGGACUUAUUUGCCAAAUAUUUCAAACAACUUUUUCUAAUCCUCAGAAAAAAAAGCGUGGUGUGAAGAACCAAUUUGUUGUAAGAUUUAUCCCUUUCUACAAAUGUGAUUCUAGAUGGCAAGCGAUCUAUCAUGCAGGGUAACGAUCGACUCAUAAGUUGAUCGUUACUUUUCAUCAUUUGAUUUCUAGUGUUUCUUAAAAAUAGUACUUCGGAGUCUCAGUGCAGUAGCUGAGGAGAGUGGUGUAGGUACGUCUGUUCGUACCUGCUAGUGAAGACCCUUGGUGGUGUAGUAUUUCGGAGCUUCAGUGUAGUAGCUGAAAGCCGUUUAAUUGCGGCCAAAAAAUUCCAACUGCACCAUGUUAUGAUUUGGUGAACGAGAGGCCUUAGUGCCAUAGUAUUUCGGAGCUUUAGUGUAGUAGCUGAAGAAAACCCCAAAUUUUUCUUACUAAUGUUACGUUUAUUAGAUGAGGGCUAGUGGGUGGGUUUCUCAAAAAUGUUAUCACUUUAUUCAAGGCUUUGAUAGCCAUUUCAAAGCCUGGGAGUUUAUGCUGGAUCUAGUUAAACUAAAAAUAGGCGUUCUGUAAAUAAAGAACGGCGCUUCGUUCUUUUAAAGACCCUUGGUGGUGUAGUAUUUUGGAGCUUCAGUGUAGUAGCACUGAAUCUUUUCAAGGACAGAACAUUAUGUGGUUAACGGUAGACUCUGUAUAUAGAGUCAAUUAAGUGUUUCUCACUUAAAAGAGCGUCAGAAAAAUGUAAACAUCGCCAUAUCGACUUUGUUUAAAGAAAGUAGGUCUUGAAGAAUAUCCAGAAGGGUAUUCUUUUCACCAUGUAGCUGAUCCAGCCAGGGAAUUAAUUUAUGACUAAUGGGUAAAUCAGGGGAAAUAAAUAAUUUGGAAAUUUGUUGGGGAUUACGGGUGGGAAAAUAAUUGUAGUAUCAUAAGACAAAUCGAGACUGAACCAGGUGGUUCAGUCUCGAUCUUUCUUAGAUACUGCGACAGAAAAAAAUGAGUAUUUCAUGGCAGGAUGGUAUCCUUAAAAAUUAAUGAGUAUUAGGAGGAAUGCAAUACCUCGAUACAGAGGAAAACGAACAUUUACAUAUGGUAACGCCGAUCAGGUUUUAGGCGAAUCAUAUGAUUCAAGGGGACACAGGACCCAAACGUCAGUUUAACUGACGAUAUCUAAAUCAAGAAUACAGGAAUCUUGUAUCUCGCUAACAGCGAAUAACUCGAGCACAGAAGCAAGAUAGUGGUAGUAGACACCACAAAGCGUUUUCGUUUUUAAAUUUGGGUACUUAAGGGAAAGGGUUUUUUAAAAUUUCGUUUGGUUGCAGCAAAACUAGUGGUUAAGCGCUGCAUUCAAGACAGUAGGCGUUCUGUAAAUGAAGAACGGCAUUUUACUUUUUUUUUACCCUUGGUGGUGUAGUAUUUCGGAGCUUCAGUGUAGUAGCUGAAACGCCGUUUAAUUGCGGCAAAAAAAUACCAACUGCACCAUGUUAUGAUUUGGUGAAAAAAAAAUGCUAAAAUUUUACGAAAUUUCAACUUUGAUUUUUCAGAAAGCAUUCACAAAUUCGUGUACGGAUACUAGGGGAAAUCUUCUUUAAAUAAAUUCAUUAAUGUUAAGGGUGGGAGGGUUGGUUUUAUUCUUUGGAGGGAUUUUGGGAGUGUGACGCAAGCCAGUCGCGAGCUAAGCGUUCUGUAAAUGAAGAACGGCAUUUUUUUACCCUUGGUGGUGUAGUAUUUUGGAGCUUCAGUGUAGUAGCAGAGAGCCGUUUCAUUGCGGGAAAAAAAUACCAACUGCACCAUGUUAUGAUUUGGUGAAAGAGGCCUUAGUGCCAUAGUAUCCUCAAAAUCUUCAGUGCAGAAAUGCUAAAAUUUUACGAAAUUUCAACUUUGAUUUUUCUGAAAACCUUUUCGAAUUCAAAUAGUACGAGUACGAGUAAAAUACUCAGAAAACCUUGUACGACUUUCUUUAAAGAAAACAAUUUGUACCAAGUUAACAAACACCUUUUGUUCUUAAAGAAACAAGCCAGGGGAACGACAAAGAAAAAUAGCAAAAGAAACAACAGUGUGUUGUGAUCUUGAAGAAUAUCACGAAAGUAAAGGUUCCUCUUACUGAAAAUCAGUCUCGUCUCGUUAAUGUAAAUCCAGACGAACAAAAGAAAAUAUGCCUUCGAACUACUUUGGCAGCGAUGCAAGCCAAUGGGGUUUUGAUGGUGUUUGAGGAGUAAAAAAUGGAACAUGUAGGCAAAAACUGGUCUUCAUCAGUCGAAGAUUCAACCCUUCGAAAAUAGUUCUGCAUUUUUUAAGCUUUCUUCUAUUUGAUAGAAUGUCUUAAAACACGGAUCAAGAGAGCCAUGGGGCAAUUUCAGGAAGACAACGCAUGAUGUGUACAAACACACAUCCAACACAUUUAGGGUUUAAAAUAAGUCAAGGGGAAACGGGACCACACAAUAUUCUUCAUUUGAAGAAACCAAAAGAGCCGAAAAAAUACGUAGGCUACAGUGCCGAGAAGUAUCAGUUUGUGGUGUUGUCGUAAUCUAAAUCUAGAUUUAAAAAAAAAUAUUCCUUCGAACUACUUUUGCAGCGAUGCAAAGGUUGUUAAAAUGAGACCAAACCAGCAUGUUGAUGGUUUUUUAAGAGAAAAAUGGAACAUGGCAGUAAAGACUGGACUUCGCCGGUCGAAAAGUAAGAAUAGAGAUAAAAUUUGUCCUACCUUUAAGCCUGGGAAAUACAGCUAGGCAUCCACAAGUGCUCUGUCCGCAGAAAGAAAAGGUUCAUCUACGAGGGGGGAAAGGUAACAAGGGAGUCCUCGUGAGUACAUGGGCGUACACGAGGACAUUUAAAGAAACGGGAAUUUGGGGAAAAAGGGGAAUAAUAAAUCCUAAACUCGGCCGACUCUGGAAGGUUCUCCAAUUAAACGGAACCCUGACUAUCUAAUAAAAAAAUUUGGGAUCUUAAAUAUUUUUGGGGGGUUAGUUAUAUAUUGACCAUGCUUGAUUUAUUCGAAAAGAUUCGGGUUCAGGUCUUUCAAAAUUGUAAACAUCGUCAUAUCGACUUUGUUUUAUUAGCAAACAUCCGAGUUGUGAGAUAAUCCUGUCUUUUCUGGUAAAGCCGCAUAAAGAUGGUUAACGGUCAUUUUUAAUGAAGAGGGUGAGAAAAGAAGACAGCUCUUAACGUUUUAUUCCUUUGUUAACUUAAAAUUUGAAUGCAACGUUUUAAUUAUCACGAUUCUAUGCGAAAUGAAUAAACGAAAAAUUUAAAUCAAAUUAUGCUGCAUUUAUUUUAUUCUGAAUUUGAAAAAAAAAAAAAAAUAGUUUCCGGUUUGAUCCGCCAGAAGUCAGCUGAUUGACAAAGAUAAUUGGAUUCACAUCACAUCUAGCAGACAAAUAUACCAACUGCCGAGACAAGUUAGUUGUUAGUGCGGACUGCCUGCUGGGUUUGACACGAGUUGUAAUUAAAAUUAAUGAAAUUUUACUUACUCUCCAUCACAUUUCGUCAUCAAGCAACAAAAUGUUGAUAUCUCCUUCACGACGAUUUGUUCUGGAAAAACUGGCCUAUUAUUAUCCAUUUCGUAGCAAUCGAGUUCGAAAUGUAGUGAAAGAUUAUAGUUGUGGUUCUGGCGACUCUAACAUAUACUCAGUAAAGAUUCUCUUUCUGGGAUGUGGUGACCUAAUGGACACUCUUCUUGCGACAACUGUUGAGAAUAUCCAGCAGUUUCAAAUCCAUCUAAAUGACAUGAAUCCAUCAAUUGUGGCUCGAAAUAUCGUGAUGCUGAAAAUCAUAUCAGCACAUGAUUUCAACCUUGAAAAAGAUGAAGAUUUGAAUUUCUUGUGGGACAUUUGGUACAAUGCUACCUGGCCAGAAAUUACACGGAAGAGGUUUUUGGGUGUCCUAAAGGAUUUGGUGAAUGAAAAGUUACCACAAAAUGUCAUCAUUCCUGAAGGCAGCCAUCUUCAAAGUGUGAAAAAAAUUUGGUCAGCAUGGCGUAAAUCCAUUUCAGAAAACCACUUUGAAUCCACAAAUUUAUUUUCAAACAUGUUACUUAAAAGGAUUCUAUUCAUGUGGGCAGGAUGGUGCAUUAGGUUCCCUGAUGAUUUCGUUAAGGAAAUUACAUCGCUAAAUGGCGAUUCUUUUACUGCAGCAUUAAAUGGACUCGUUGAAGAAGUGGAAAAUCAUAUCGGAAUUGAAGAAUUGACGGAUCAAUCGAGACAGAAGAUACGAGACGAAAUUUGGCUACAUUUUGAAAACGGAAAUUGCAGAGUGAAAGAAACCUACGACGUGUGCGUCAAUCCAACAAUGCUCAACCCAACAGACCAGAGUUGGCAAGUCUUUCACAGUCCCUUCGACAGCUACCUUCCACUUGAUAAAGAAGAACUGUCGUCGUCCAGAACUUGGAUUUUAAUUCGGUCGUGCCAGAAAAUACUCAAGAACCUUGUAUGUUCUUACCGGACUCGUGUUCAAGACAUCAACGUCGUUUUUCACCUGAAGGACGCCCUGGAAUUCUGCUACUCCAAUCCAAACAAGUUUGACAUCAUUCAUUGCUCCAAUCUCGGCGAUCAACUGGGUCUAGUCAACGUUAUCAACGCAUGCAGUGAAAGAUUGGCAGAAGACCCUCGAGCAAUGUUAUUCACUGAAACCUUGAACUGGUCAAACUUGUCAUCUUCUGUCGAAGAAUACGUCGAAAAAGCCCUUUUUGCCCCAUUGAGCAUGAUCCCUACCAUCUAUGGAUUGCGACUGGUCGAUCGCGUCGAAUUAGGAGCUUCCGCCCUCGUCAAUCUGCGGUGUAAAAUUGCUCUUCCGGUUCAUCUUUCCUGGAAAAAGGUCCGUCCGUUUAAGAACUCUACACCGACUUCCUCGCUGGAAAUGGAUCGCUUUUUGAAUCAACUAGCAGAAAGAUGCUUUGAUAUUUCAUUUCCACGUAAAUUGGACGGGACUGAUGAAUGUGGAAUGUUAUGCUACACUCCUCUAACAUUUGACUACGUAGUGAAUUCUUUGAUUAAUCGCGUCGGUGGAGGAGACUGCUGGAUGAACGAUGAACGUAAAUGUGGCGGUUGGAGCAGCAAUUUGUUUGACCUGACAAAACGAACAGCAAGAGCUUGGAAGAAAGGUCAACCGAUUCUGAAUCUAACAGCCAAAAUCCAAACCUGCUUACACAAUACUCUCGAUGAGACAGCAACGCUCCGUUUAGUUCUUGUUCCGUGUGCCACAUUGCAUGAAUCCAUCUCCAAAGGAAAGGUGAAUGUCUCUGGCCCAGGAAUCCACAUAAUUGACAACUUCAAAAUCGAAACGAAGAAAGUUCCUGAUGGAAGUGAAAUAAUUAUCGUUUCCUUCCUGCUGGUUGCUGACCACGGCCUUGAAAAUACUCACCUUGCAUUACUGAUGGACCUCGUAGAUGGAACGGCCUCUUACGUCUUCAAACCUCUUAGAUCCAUGCGAUCAGCAAAAUUUCGUCAACCGCAUCCGUUUUCAUCCAGACGACCUGAGAAACCUCCAUUCGAUCCUCCCGGCCAACUUCAAAUGGUAGUCUUCAGUUGCACCGAAUCCGUGAAUGACUACCAGCUGAAAAUAAGUAUUCCCUGUGGUGAUACUGUAUCGGGUGUGAAUGUUUCGGCCAAUCAAAGAAAGCCUUGCGUGUCUGCUCAUGACAUCAUCAUUACACCGGAUCAACCUAAUAACAUUGAACCUUUAUCCCUGUCGUUUCCCUAUCCGAUCCUUGUCAAGGAGAUUCACGUCGCUCUCCACACGGAAGCUCGCUUGAUCAGUGUAGUGUUGAAGAAGGCUCUACUGGAACCGUGGCCACAGGAAUUUGAAGUGGAGCAAACUAAAUGGAAUCCUGAUCAAUUGCAGCCGUGGGAAGAAACCAAAGCGCGAGUUUGUCGACAAAAACGUUCGAUCGGCAUUCCGUCGUUAUCUGCUUCCUGCUUGGCCGUCCAUGUUGCUUGCCAGUUUAAUUUGCAUCAACUACCGAAACCUUCCAGGAUGGAGAAAUCUGAUUUGAAUGCAGUCCGUGACAUAAUCAAAAUUUUAUUUCAAAAUUUCGUUGGUGACAAGCCGCCCAGGAUCAGUUACGUCCACAUUCUCCUGGAUGGCUCAACAGAAGUGCAUUCCGACUGGUAUCUCAAAAUUCAUCACCCCGUUCUCACCUCCCCACAAGGCAGUCCGAUGUUGUUGGUGUCAGCAUUUGACAGUAGUAAAUUCUUUGAAGCCAAGAAAACGGAAGAGGAUACUAAGGAACUCUGUGUUAAAAACGAUUUCUUUCGAGUUUUCCCCUCGUGGGAAUCUGAUGAGACAUUGACAAUUAAAGCGGAUAGUAUGGAAUUGUUGAAGCUGCUGCGGUUUGUUUUGCGAAGCAAUUCGACCAAAAUCAAGCCCACCACCUGGCAGAAAAACCAUCUUCCCCUAGAGGAGAACAGCCCUUGGCUGGCCACGUUUAUUUCUCCCCUCUACCUUGAUGCUCCUCUAGACAAGAAGAAAGUUAAGCCAAACCUUUUCUUUUCGUUAAUUAAACUCGUUAUCUAUAUAGUUAUCAUUUGUGCGGUAUUGUACGCUAUUGGCUGCAUGUUUUUGAAUGUCUUAAGCUACGUUUUCUAAAUUUCUUUUUUAUGACCCACUACACAGAACUGCAAUAUAUUCUAUUGAGCUGA